AUGCAUGAGAUAUAUGGCCCUCUGGUACGAGUCAAUCCGGACCAUCUCUCAUUGAAUGACCCAUUCUUCUACACCGAGGUGUACUCAGGCGCUGGACGGAAGAUGAACAAGCACCCCGAGCUCUCACAAACCGUAGCUACUUCUGUGGUCUCCACCAAAGACCACGACCUGCACCGACAACGUCGGGGUUACAUUGCCAAUAUGUUCUCCAAAAAGUCUAUCUCGGAUCUCGAGAAUGUUGUCCAGUCAAAAGUCGACAAGUUGGUCAUGCUGAUGAAACAGGCCUAUCGUACAGAAGAGACACUGAUCGGACAUCUCAUGUUUGGCAGCCUCGCGGUUGACAUCAUCUCGCACUACGCGUACGGGGAGAGUUUCGGCGACCUCGAUAAGCCUGGCCUCCCGUGUGAGCUCCAGCGAGACGUCAAAGGCGUAGCGUUGACUUUGAACCUGCGCAAAUUCUUCCCGGCCAUGGAUGCGGUCCUGAUGCGUAUUCCGGCCUGGUUGAUCACCCGUAUUAACCCGUCUAUCGUCAGCUGGUUGGACUUCGAUAACCGCAUCACGAGAUACUCCAUCGAGGCGUUGAAGAAAAGCCAAGAAGGAGUGGAGCCAGCCAAGCCUAGGACGAUAUUUGAUGCGCUACUCAGCUCUAAAGUUCCUGAAGAAGAAAAGACGCUGCAACGAUUGAAGGAUGAGGGCACGCUUAUCUUGUUCGCUGGUGUGGAUACUACAGCUCGAUUUCUGACUUGUGCGAUGUGCUACUUGCUCACGUAUCCGAGUAUAUUGGCGAAGCUGCGAGCGGAGCUGGAGUCCCAAUCUACAUCGACCUUGACUGAGCUCGAGGCUCUGCCGUAUCUGUGUUGCUUCACAGGCCGCUUUCCGCGCGUUGUCGUUGAUCCUAUUCCCUACAAGGACCUGCUCAUCCCAUCUGGUACCAUCAUUGGCGCAUCCCCGUAUCUACUCAACAACCACCCCGACGUAUUCCCAGAUCCUCAUAUCUUCCGGCCCGAGCGGUGGAUCGAAGCCAAAGCCCGCGGAGAAUAUCUCGACAAGUAUCUCGUUACCUUCUCGAAGGGCAGCCGAGCUUGCCUCGGCAUCAAUCUCGCGUACGCGGAGUUGUACCUCACUAUCGCGGCCAUGGUUCAGAACUUCGACCUGGAGCUUGUAGAUUCCUCCAUCGAGAACAUCACCCCGGAUCGAGACUUUGGUCUGGCUUUUGACAAGAACUACAACUUCGGCGUCGAUCUGAGGGUCACCAAGGUACUGCAGGAGUGA